GUCAGGAAGAAGAUAAACAAAACAAACCAGAGAGGAAGACGGCGUGGAUUGAGAAGAAUGACAUUAAGUUUUCCUAAAGGCGAAUUAAAUUGGAAUUACAACCAUUUUUGUGCUAGCAAUAUGGGUAGCUUAAAGACAACAGUCAAGUUAGGAGGACAACUCAGCCUCCAUAUUUAAAACAAGGACUUUCUCUUAUUUAUUCUUCAAAUCAAAUUUCCUCCAGAGAUUGACGAAAAGACAGGGCGACUGAGACGGGGGAGGUGGCAGAAAAGUUUCCGUCAAGGAACUGAAGAUCUGUGCACUGCAAUGCCUCUGCCCAGCAUUAGUGGAAUGGAUCCUCCCUUUGGGGAUGCCUUUCAAAACUGCUCUUUUACUGACCAGGUGCUGACCAGCACAGACCUGUUGGCUAACAGUUCUGACCCAGAUUUCAUGUAUGAACUGGAUCGGGACAUGACUUGUCGCCAGAGCCCUAGAGGAGAUAUUUUCACAGUCGGAGACUGCAAAGACUUGGACAGCAUGGAUCGUCUACCUGAACUGGUAGAUAACGACCCUGCUUACAGCUCAAACUUUGAGCAGUGGGACACGUACUGGGAGGACUUGACCAAGUACAGUCGCCUCACCAGUUGUGAUAUCUGGGGCACCAAGGAAGUGGAUUUCUUGGGCCUUGAUGACUUUUCCAGCCCUUACCAGGAUGAGGAGGUGAUAGGACAGACACCGACCCUGGCCCAGCUCAACAGUGAGGACUCGCAGCCAGUUUGUGACACUCUUUACCAUCCGGACUUGCUGGUGGGUCAAAAGCAGCUUUUGUUUCCACCUCCCACUGUGGCCAAGAAGACUAACAAACUCAGCCACUCAGCAACCAGCGCCUCAUUGAGUCGCAACCCUCUGCCGGACUUUGCCGAGGGAUCCCAGAAAGCUACCUGGCCUGUUCCCUCCAGCACUGACACAAUGGCCAAGGGCCAGUUUCAGGGCCCUAGCAAAGCCUCAACUGCACCUCUGGACAACAUGGAUUACGUUCGCAAAGCCAAGGUACGCAUCAGCAUACCACGCAAGCCUUUAGUAGAGAGCUCAGCCCAGAUUAGUGUUUCUGCCUCUCCUCUAAUCCAGGAGCAUGAGUCAUCUGCUUCGCAGGUGAGCGAGGACCCAGCCGUCGUCGCUGCUAACACAGCAUCCUCCAUUAGCUGUGAAAAGAGAGUGGACACUCCUAAACGAGAGGUACCAACUGGUCCUGGUCCAGAAAUAGGGACCCUGAGUAUGGUGCCCCACAAAGUCCACUUCGCUGCAGCUGCCGGCAGUGAAACCUUGCUCACCGUGAGUGCUCUUGGAUCCGACGCUUCUGCCACUGACAAAAAGAAGGAGGAAGAGCACAACUACUCGUUAUUCUUAACCAGGUCCAGGCUGGCAGGGAAGGCAACUGCUGACAUGGAAGAAGAGGAGGAAGAAGAAGAAGAGGAGGAUGAAGGUGAAGAAGAGGAAGAGGAGGAGGAGGCAGAGGGAUUGCAUCUAGAUGAUGAAGACCAUGAUGAAGGGUUUGGCAGUGAACAUGAGCUCUCAGAGAAUGAAGAGGAAGAGGAGGAGGAAGAUGAGGACUAUGAGGGCGACAAAGACGACUACAUUAGUGACGCAUUCUCAGAGCCAGGAUGUGACACUGAUAUGGCUGAUGAUGUCAAAGGCCUGACGGCUGGAAUUUCCAGGAAGAGGGGAAAGCGUCGAUACUUUUGGGAGUAUAGCGAGCAGCUCAUCCCGUCCAAACAGGAGCGCAUGCUGAAACCCUCCGAAUGGGACAGAGACACACUUCCCAGCAACAUGUUCCAAAAGAAUGGCCCGCACCAUGGAAAACACACACUGAAGAAGUCGAGGCGGACGGAUGUGGAAGAUCUUACUCCAAACCCCCGGAAGCUGCUUCAGAUUGGCAGUGAACUCCGGAAACUCAAUAAAGUCAUUAGUGACCUGACUCCGGUUAGUGAGUUACCCCUAACCGCUCGGCCUCGGUCUCGGAAAGAGAAGAACAAGCUUGCAUCCAGGGCCUGCAGGCUGAAAAAGAAAGCUCAGUAUGAAGCCAACAAAGUCAAGUUAUGGGGCCUUGGAACUGAAUAUGAUCGUUUGCUGUUUGUGAUCAAUGCAAUCAAAGAAGAGAUUGUCAGCAGAGUUCAGGAUAUCUCACAUGACAAAGGAACAAGCAUGACCGAGAAGCUGGAUAAACUCAUUGAGGAUACCUUAGUGGAGCCACCAGUGGCCAGCCAGACUUCAGAGUUUGUGAAUCAGAUCCUGGAGAACACUGGGAAAGGAGAUCCCACCGGAGGGCUGGUGGGAUUGCGUGUGCCCACAUCGAAGGACAUAAGAGAGUGCUGUGGGCCACAGGCAGUGCUUAUGGAUCUGAACUCAACAGUGAAGGAGAAGUUCAGUCAGUUAAGACAGAGGAUUCAGGACAUGGAACAGAUGGCAAAAGAACAAGACCGGGAGACUGAUAAGCAAGCUAUCUUGAGUGAAACGGAAGGCCAUCGGAAGCAGUUGUUAAGCAACCAGAUGGCGUGGAGGAAGGCAAAUCUGGCCUGCAAGCUGGCCAUUGACAACCUGGAGAAGGACGAACUGCUUCAAGGUGGCGAUUCAGUUAGACAAAGGAAGGCCACUAAAGAGAGUUUGGUGCAGACAUCCAGUGACAUCACAGAGAGUCUGAUGAGCGUCAGCCGCAUGAUGGCACAGCAGGUGCAGCAGAGCGAGGAGACCAUCGGAACUCUGGCUUCAUCUUCAAGGACUGUGCAAGAGACAAAUGAAGAGUUUAAGGCCAUGACGGGAACCAUUCACUUGGGGCGAAAACUUAUCCUGAAGUAUAAUCGGCGUGAACUGACCGACAAACUGCUGAUCUUUUUAGCUCUUGCUCUGUUUCUGGCUACAGUGCUGUACAUCCUGAAAAAGAGACUCUUCCCCUUCAUUUAGAGGAAAAGGGAACUGUGUCAACUUAACACUGCUCUCCAUAAAUCAUUCCGUGAUGAGACCCACAGUCCUUAAACCUGUAGUUCUUUCAAAAUGAGAAUUUUGUCACCAUUUACCCACCAUAAAGUUUGAGCAAAUGAUGACAAGCUUCAAAAUGCACUGGGGACACAAUGAGGGAGGAUAUUGAAGUGCUGUUAUGAAAUCUCAGUUAUCAGGAUCACUAAACAGAAAAUCAGGAAGGAAUGAAAUGCACUUUGCUGUCUUGUACAUUUUCUUACAUUAGUCUUACUGAUUGCAUUGGCAUAUUCAGUAGAAUACUAUAAUAAAAUGUUUUGAUCUCAGGUUAGUUCUGUAAUAUUCCAGUUACCUGAUGGAAAUUGCAUAAAGUUCUAAACAACCUUAAAGAUGUUUAUGCCUUAUGAACUACUGCAAUGAUUAAUAACCUGCAUAACUGAAGGUCAUGCUUUAUAUGCACUACAGAGCAAAAGGUUAGAAUGAUUAUUAGAAGUCUCUUAUGCUCUCCAAGGCUGCAUUUAUUUUACUCAAAAAAAAAUAAUAAAAAAUAAAUAAAG